UUUGAUGGUAUUGAUCCUAAUGUUCGAAGUUCCUGGAACAAUCUUGAGUUCGCUACAACUGAUGAUGCAUAUAGAUUUUAUGUGGAUUAUGGGAAUUAUAAAGGUUUUUGUGUGAGGAUUUACCAUCAGUCGGCAUGUCCGAAGCUUAAUAAUGGUUCAAAUGCGGUUUAUUAUAUCAAGUAUUGUUGCAAUAAGGAAGGCUGGAGGAUUGGUAGUGAGAAUAAUCCUGCUAAUCGUGGUUCUAUUGAUGCGAAGGCUCGUGUUCGUCAUGUUCCAGAAAUCAGGGGUGGAUGUGAUGGUGCCUAUAUUCGAAUUAGGUGGUUUAAGCAGUUCAAUUGUUACAAGAUUUAUAAGUGGUAUGAUGUGCAUAACCAUGACAUGAUUCCUGUGGCUAUGCGUCACUACAUGAGAUCGAAUAGGAAAAUGGCUCCUGUGUAUAAACUGUUGGCAGAUGUGAAUGAUGCUGCUGGUAUAGGUGCGACUGCUUCGUAUAAUGCAAUUAGUACAGCUGGUGGUGGUCGGAAGUGUAUUGGUUUCACAAGAAAUGAUUUGAAGAACCACCUGCGGACAGUGAGGACGUCAUCAAUGGAGCAUGGUGAUGCAACUGCAUUACUAAAACACUUUAGAAGACAAGCUAAGCUGGAUCCUGGCUUUUUUCAUGAGGUAGAGGUUGAUGUGGAUGAGAAUAUUGCUAGUAUUUUUUGGGCAGAUGGGAAGAUGCGGAUGGAUUAUCAUUUUUUCGGGGAUUCAGUUAGUUUUGAUACUACAUACAGAACGAAUAAAGAGUAUCGACCACUAGCUCUGUUUGUUGGUUUCAACAACCAUCAUCAACUUACUGUGUUUGGAGCUGCCUUUCUAUAUGAUGAAACAACGGCAACGUUUGAGUGGUUGUUUAAUCAGUUUUUGGAAUGCAUGGGAGGUGUGAGCCCGUUGUCUAUCUUUACUGAUCAGGCUGCUGCAAUUGCUGCUGGUAUAAGGUCUGUUUUC